GUAUUUGGUAAAUCUUGUAUUUCUAUAGAAAAACUUGGGGAAGGGGGAUUUCAUAAAGUUUUUAUAUUAAAAAUGGAAGAUGAUAAUGAAUAUAUUGGAAGAAUAGCAUUUCCAGAUUAUCCAUAUUGGAAAACUGAAAGUGAAGUCGCAGUUAUGAAAUAUGUUAGAGAAAGAACUUCAAUUAGAGUACCACAAGUUUAUCAUUAUGAAAGUAAUAAAGAAAAUCUUGUUGGACAAGAAUAUAUUAUUAUGGAAAGGUUACCUGGUAUAUCAUUAUCUGAUGUAUGGAAUAAUUAUAAUAUAAAUGAAAAGAAAAAUAUAUUAUUACAAAUAAUAAAUAUACAAUGUAUACUUAAAAAUCAAAAAUUUUCAAAAAUUGGAGGAAUUUUUUAUGAUAAUAAUAUAAAAGAUUUUAUAAUAGGUCAAGUUACAGAAGAAACUUUUUUUAGUGAAAAAAGAUCUGAAUUAAAUAUUAAACGUGGACCUUUUAAUAAUACUUAUGAUUAUAUUGUUGCUGCUAUUGAAAAAGAAAUUAUUUAUAAUAAAGAAAAUUUUAAUGAAGAAGAACAAAAAAAAUGGAUUCCUGUUUAUGAAGAAUUAU